AUGAUAUGUUAAAAGAAGUUGAAUUACGAUCUUUUUUUCACAGAGCCUGAGUAAAAACAAUAUUUUAAUAUAUUUAAGAUACACAUCAAUUAGAGUAAAAUGUGACGAAUUGUAAUUUAUUUGAAUAGUAAUUGUAGAGUGUCGGUUUAUAAUAGUUAAAAGAGGGUGAUCGGUAUUUGCUUGAUGAAGUUCAUGUUAAUGAGAUUAUUCUUAUAAUUUAAGUUUAUGUGUAAGAAUUUUGUUAGUAACAAUUUGAUAAAUUCCAAAACAAUCUGAGAAAGGAAAUUGCAGAAUUUUGGAAUUCAAAGAAAUCGAAAGUUUAAUUAAAUUUCUGGAUUUAUGACCUCUGUUGAUAUCUCCAUUUAUGCUUUAGAUUGUUGUAUAGAUAUUAUCUAACACUAGAGCAUGAAUAGGAUAAGGGAGCCUUUUAUUUAGAAGUUUAUUCAGCUUAAAAAUUGAUUUCCAAUUAUAAAAAUUAAACAUAAAUCUAAUAACAUAGGUAUAUAAAUUUAAAUUAAUUAUUCACAGAUGCAAAUAGAUGAUGGGAAAAAUUAGUGGAGCAAGAAUAUUUUAAAGAUUUUUCAAUUUUAAAUUAAAUAAAAUAUCCAUAAGGAUUUGAAAAGGAGGAUUAAGAAGUUGUUUGCAUGUCAAUCAAAUAGUUCAUUUCUAUGUUGAUUUUGUUCAAUUUUACUAAAAUAAUUAAAUUAAAAAGCUCAGCUAACAUGGAAAAAUUUAAGAUGAAGAAAACUUCAGGUAUGAUUUCAAUCUAUUUUAACAAGAAUUGCCAUUAGAAAUGACAUAUAGGGAACUUCCCUUAGUUAAUUAUUAGAAAAAUAGAAAACUUAGAUUAUAUCAAGAUAAUUCUUCUAUUGAUAAUAAUCAUUCUUGGAUGGAUAAUUAUUUUGAUGAUAGUAAUGAAAAAAAUAAUAAAAAAACUUCAAAGAAAAGGCUCUUUAUUAAAUUAGAAAGGUAACAUAUUUUCAUUUAUGCACAAAUCUAUUCAGGAAUAUUUUGUAUCUUUAUACUUGAUAGAUUUUAAUGA